AGAGAAACACGCAGCGAGUGGAGCCGCGGCCGCCGAAUCUCCACCAGUACGUGUCUGUCGCCAAGAAAGGGAAGGAUUCACCAUGAUGCGCUCCACCAAACUCCUCUUCGCCCUUCCCAGAUCAGGGCUGGUGAAGGAAUAUGCUCCAGCACUCACCAGGCUGCAGUCCACCUCAGCCCAGCCAGCAGCGGCCAACUCCAAGAGGAAGGAGCGCGCUAUGAACAAGGCGGUGAAGCCCAGCAAGUCCUUCGUGAUGAACAUGUUCCGCGGCGCCACGGUGACAGAGCAGGUGAUCCCAUACCCCAACGUGCUGACAGAGGAACAGGUGGAGACCCUGGAGAUGCUGGUGGACCCCACAGAGAAAUUCUUCCAGGAGUGUAAUGAUGCAGCGAAGAACGACUCACUGGAGAAAGUAGACGAAGACACACUGCAGGGCCUGAGAGAGAUGGGUGCCUUUGGUUUGCAGGUGCCGGCAGACCUGGGUGGUGUGGGUCUUAACAACACACAGUAUGCCCGCUUGGUGGAGAUUGUGGGUUCUCAUGACCUUGGCGUUGGCAUCACCCUUGGCGCCCACCAGUCCAUUGGCUUCAAGGGCAUUCUCAUCGCUGGGAACCCUGAGCAGAAAGCCAAAUACCUCCCUAAGGUGGCAUCAGGAGAACAGUUUGCUGCCUUUGCCCUCACAGAGCCCACCAGCGGAUCAGAUGCUGGUUCGAUCCGCAGCCGUGCUGUGCCCUCAGAGGAUGGCUCCCACUACAUCCUCAAUGGCUCCAAGAUCUGGAUCAGCAACGGUGGAUUGGCGGAAGUGUUCACAGUUUUCGCCCAGACCCCCGUCACUGACCCCAAGACAGGAACCACUAGGGACAAGGUGACAGCAUUCAUCGUGGAGCGUUCAUUUGGAGGAGUGUCCCAUGGUCCUCCUGAGAAGAAGAUGGGCAUCAAGGCAUCAAACACUGCCGAGGUGUAUUUUGAAGACACCAAGAUUCCUGCCGAGAAUGUCCUUGGGGGUGUGGGCAACGGAUUCAAGGUUGCCAUGGAAAUUUUGAACAACGGCAGGUUCGGCAUGGCAGCAGCUCUCUCUGGCACCAUGCGCUACUCCAUCAAGAAAGCCGUCGACUUCGCCACCGCCCGUACUCAGUUUGGCCGCCGCAUUGACACAUACGGUGCCAUCCAGGAGAAGCUGGCGCGAAUGGCAAUGUUGCACUACGUCACAGAGUCAAUGGCUUACAUGAUCUCCUCCAACAUGGAUGCCGGAUCAAAGGAUUAUCAUCUGGAAGCAGCUAUCAGCAAGUGCUUCGCAUCAGAGGCUGCCUGGACAGUGACGGACGAGGCGAUCCAGGUGAUGGGAGGAAUGGGCUUCAUGAAGGACACGGGACUGGAGAGGGUCAUGAGGGACCUGAGGAUCUUCCGUAUCUUUGAAGGAACCAACGACAUCCUUCGCCUCUUUGUUGCCCUCACUGGCCUUCAGUUUGCUGGCGGUCACCUGAGGGAGCUGCAGCAGGCACUCAAGAACCCAGCUGCAAACAUGGGUCUCAUUGUGGAUGAGGGUGCCAAGAGAGCAAAGAGGGCGAUUGGAUUCACUGACACUGGGAAGAUUGAAGGCGUCCACCCCAACCUGAAGGACUCCGGCCUACUUUUGGGAAGGGCGGUGGCUGCAUUUGGCGCUAGUGCUGAGGGUCUUCUGCUCAAGCACGGGAAGCAGAUUGUGGAGCAGCAGUUCCUUCUCAACCGCUUGGCCAAUGCUGCAAUGGAUCUGUACAGCAGCAUGGUGGUGCUCUCCAGGGCCUCUCGCUCCCUGUCCACCAACCUUUCAUCCUGCACUCAUGAGGAGAAGAUUGCGAGAGUGUGGGUGAAUGAGGCAUCAGACCGCAUCCAGCUUAACUUGACAGCCAUGCGCUCUGCAACCUCCAUCAGCAACUUUGAAGACUUAGCCUCCAUCUCCAAGGAUCUGUGUGAGAAUGGAGAUAUUGUUGCACAAAGGCCACUUGGGAUUUAGUCAUCUAAUCAUCUCUUGUCUUCUAGGAUUGUCACCUAAUCUCUUGUCUUCCUAUGUUCCUUCCUCUUCUCACUGUUUCCUUGGUUACUGCUCCACUAUCUUCUCCUUUAUUUCCCACUUGGUCGUCUUACAUGCUUCCAUCAGCUUUAUUCUUCUCCAUCUCUCUCUCAGUCCUUCACCUUUCCUUUGUAGUUAUUGUAGUAUUUAAGUGAUGAACGUAUACAAAUGAUUGACUUGCUUUUGAAGUGGUUUCUCUCUCUCUCUCUCUCUCUCUCUCUCUCUCUCUCUCUCUCUCUCUCUCUCUCUCUCUCUCUCUCUCUCUCUCUCUCUCUCUCUCUCUCUCUCUCUCUCUCUCUCUCUCUCUCUCUCUCUCUCUCUCUCUCUCUCUCCUGGAAUGGGUUUAGACAUAUUUUGGAAUAAUUCAUCUCACAGCAUAUCUUUAGACUCAACACACUUGUACAUAUUCAAACCGACAGAGAAACCGCAUCAAUUUUAGACAAAACAGAUACAGCUUGAUUAAUAUAUAUCUUUUGUACAGUUUAAUAGUCAAGAUUAUUUAUUUUGCACCGCUGAUCCUGUUGAGACUUUUUUUGCUCCAGAUACCUCAGUUACCUCAUUAAUACACUACACAACACUCGCACACUGAUGCUUGGAGAUAAUGUUGAUCUGUGCCAAAUCCUAACAGGGCCCUAACUUUCACUGUGACAUGCAACACCUCACAGCACUAGAAGCAACAAAAUCUUAAUAAAUGACAAAAAAGAGGAAAAUGGGGAAUUAAAGGAAUGGAUUUAGCAAUUUUUAGCCAAUAUGAUACUUGAGUUGGCUGUGGGGGAAGAAAAAGACCUCAGUGAUUAGUAAUUAGGGAAGAUCAAACCCUAGGCAGUAAGGGUGAUUCUCUAAGCUCACUGUUCAGUAUUUAAUAAAGUACCAAAACUCAAACUGCAAGGAAUUUUCAUGCACUUAAGACUCAUUAGUGUACAGUGUCUUAUUCAUGCACUUCAAACUUCGGUAAUACUAAAUAGAAUGCCUUAAUUAUUUUUUCAUCUCAUUUUAAUAAAUUUUCCAUGUUUUUUUUAUUGAAAUAUCUGGAUCGUUUUUCAUCUUUUCUCAUUUUUAUUAAUUUCCAUGUCUCUUACUUCUUUGGGGGAUAUAGAUCACAUGAUACACACACACACACACACACACACACACACACACACACACACACACACACACACACACACACACACACACACACACACACACACACACACACACACACACACACACACAC